AUGGCUAGCGCACUGACGGUCGCCCAUGGCGUACUAGCCGCUGCAUUAGUCUUUGGCCUUAGUGCCAAAAUUUUCUUUCUUCCGAGUCAGGAUGUUACACACACAACAAAGACGCUGCUGUGCUUGCAGUCUUGUGUGCCGAACAUUGAAGAACAGACCGCGACGCAGCAAGUCGAUACGAGACUUUCAGGAGACGGUGGAGAAACCAGUGACUGUGGAGUCGGUACCACCGACUUUUGUACCUUGAUGAUGUCGGCAGCUGCAAGCACCAACUUCGGGCAGAUUUCCAAGGGUGCCAGCAUGAUGCUUUUUGCAGCUCUGACCAAGUAUCAAGGUGAUGUAUCAAACGGCUGGCCGCUAAACCCCGCCGCGGCCGGAUGGGCGCCUGAGGCCGGCGCAGCAACUAACGCCACUUUGGUCCGGUCGGCCUUCCGGCGGACUCUGUCUCUCUCCACUUUGUCGCUCCAAAGAAAUGCGAGUAACUCUGUCUUCCUCAUCCCUCCAUGA